AUGAAUGAAGAGAUUUUCGUUGAUUUUUCACAUAUUAUAAGGACAGUUCUUCAAGAAUUGCUUCCGGAAAACUCAGAAGAAUCACAAGAUGUAGGUGGUUUAACUCAAUCAACUGCAAUGAAAGUUUGUCUUAAAGAUUUUGAAAAAAUCAAUUGUGAUAAUAUGUUUGAUAUAGAGCAAUCAGAAACUAGACAAUUAUUAGAAAAAGUUCAGAGCGUUUUGCUUGGCGAAAGCAUCACAACAUUAGUUACAAAUUGGCCACCUACAAUCUCAUCGAAAAACUCAAAAAUUAAGUAUCUACUUGUGUUUCUUGCACGAACACUAAAGAAAGUAAGUAGUCCAACUACCUUUUUACAGUGGAUUUGUGGAAUGUUAUUUCCAAAGUAUUGGACGGAGAAAAAUUCUAAAUCAUCAUCAAUUUUAAGAUGUGUAUCUCUAUGUCAAGACGGCAAAAAUACAUAUUGGGCUAUCCAAGAUUCUAAGGAUGAAUUUUAUUAUUAUUUAAUUCAUAAUAAUUCUGAUUUAGAGUUAGUAAAACACAUGAAAAUACAAAGUAUAACUAUAUCUGAUACAGGAAUUAUCGUAAAUCAUGACCAAAAAGAAAAUGUAAAAUUUCGACCAAUAAAUCCAAAGCAUAUUAAACUUUGGAACGAAAACAAAGAAAAGCAGAUAAAUAUUAUCGACUUUCUUACAGAUAAAUCACAAAAAUACCCCGACAUUUUACUGAUAUCAUUAUUUCAUCUUUUAAACGCACUUGAUACAUAUUUAAUUAGAUCGAUACUGAUGUCUACCAAAAAAGAAAGCUUUUCAGAGAUUUCUGAAUCGCUCUUCCAUAUAAAUUUAUACAAUGGCUCACCACAGCUUCUUAUCGAAACAAUUGUAUCACUAGAACUCGAAAAUACCAAAAGAGCAGAUAAUCUCUUCUCAGCAGACUCUCCUUGCACACAAUUUUUGACAAAAUUUGUCGCAAAUUUUAUUAAAUAUUUUUUUGACAAUUCCUUGUCCAAAAUCAUCAAAUAUAUUGAUAACUCAGGCGAUCUCUACCUCAACAAGCCCGACAAAUGCAAAAAAGAUGUUGUUCAAAUUAAAUUUACUUCUGCAUUGAAAUAUUUGAUUUCAACUGUCCAAGAUAUACCUGAUGAGGUCAAAUUUAUUGCCCACAUCAUUAAAAUGUACACAGCUACUAAGUAUAACAAAUCUUAUAUUGUUACGCGAGCAAUUGCUUCCUUUUUCAUUAAUUGCAUCUUAAAACCAACAUUUACAACUCCAACGUUGUAUGAUCCGACCUUUUCCCUUCAAAAUCCGAGAACUGUCAGUCAAAUGGAAACUCUUCUCGAAGUAGCAAUGGAAUUACAGCUCAUGGAGUAUCACAAUACGUUUUUCAUGUUCCUUGAUGAGCAUUUGAAGUACCAUUACCAGAUUCACAUCGAAAUAUUUUUAUAUAAAUUAUCCGAAGUAAAACAAAUUCCUCGUUUUGCACAGACAAGUAAAGACAAAGUAAUGGAUAGUUUAAAUCAUGUAAUGAAUUUCAUAUCUUCUAAUCAUGACUCGAUUUCGAAAAAUUAUUUUCUUCUAACUGAAUCAAAGAAGGUUACAAUGACUCCUAUCCAUUAUAACUUCUGUUCCUUAUUAUUACACUGCUUCCCGUGGAACUCAGAUACUCAGAGAUUGAAAUUAAAAAGAGAUUAUCUCCACAACGAACACGCUUCUCUUCCCCAGCCAAUAUCACUACCAUUAUCUUCAAACUUCGCCUCUUCAUAUGAAACGUAUAGUUUGGAUGACUACAAGUCUGAAGAAAGAAAAGAUUUACCUCCUGCUCCUCCUCUUUCUCCGAUGUUGUUUAGAGAACCAGAAGAUGAAGGUAAUGGGUACACUGAGGAAGGAACACCUAAUACUUUGGAUCCAGGACCUUCAACUCCUUUCAAAAAGAAACCAAGUACUUCUAAAAAGAGACCGAAGCUGAAAACACCCCUGAGAAAUGCAGGAGAGAAUGAUUUCAUUGCUGUUACUGGAGAGGUUAAAAAGAAAAAGAGAAUGGCAACAGUCGAAGAACAAGAUAAUUUGGAUUACGUUCCUGUUAGAAAACUCAAAUCGAGAAAGAAGAAAAUGACUGUUAAAACUGUUGAUAAAUAA